AUGACCAUGUCGAAACCGAAUUGGCAGGCUCUCAUUAACGAGAAACGCGCUUUCCGAGAAUCGCAAAUCCCGCUUGAAUGGCGUCUAGAUGAGAUGAUCACGAGCCAGGCUCAUCGUGACAACCCUAUCAGUGCCUUUGACCUUCUUGAUCAGACUGAUAUUCUUACCCAACAUGAACGCGACAUGACUGAAAACUACGAUGCCACAGCCCUUCUCGCGCAGCUCGCCUGUGGUGCAAUCUCAUCACUGGAGGUCACCGAGGCAUUUUGCAAACGUGCAGCUAUCGCGCAUCAGUUGUUCAACCCCUUAACAGAGAUAUUCUUCGAUAAAGCUUUAAAUCGAGCAAAACAGCUGGAUGCUUUCCUGGCCCGGGAGGGGAAGCCCAUGGGACCCUUCCAUGGAUUGCCAAUCAGCCUCAAAGACACGUGGAUGGUCAAGGGUGAGGCAGCUACUUUGGGCUUCGUCGCAUACUUGACUAAGCCAGUGGCCGAGGAAAAUUCGCCCAUUGUCGACAUACUGUUAGAUGGUGGGGCGGUCCUCUAUUGUAAGACCAACGUCCCCCAGGGACUUUUCACAUUGGAGGGUGAAAAUAAUGUUUUCGGGCUUACCAUGAAUCCGCACAAACUUACCCUGGGUACUGGAGGCAGCAGCUCUGGGGAAGGGGCUUUGGUUGGAUUCCGGGGCUCUCCUCUCGGCCUCGGUACAGAUAUCGGCGGUUCAAUUCGAGUGCCAUCUCACGUUAGUGGCUGCUACGGUUUCAAACCAACGGCAAAUCGAAUUCCAUUUGCGGGCCAGCAGUUCCACUUCCGCAAGGGAUGGCCAGGCAUGUUGCCUUCGGCUGGACCCCAUGCAAAUAGCGCGCGCGAUCUCAUGUUUUUUUGCAGAACCAUCAUUUCAAAGGAGGGCUGGAAAAGGGACUCCGCGUCCCUAGCAAUUCCCUGGAAAGAUGUUCGCAAGAAGAAGCUCAAAAUUGGUUUCUGGCAGGGCGCACAUGAAACCCCGGUCUUUCCCCCAGUUCUCCGAGCACUUCGUAAGGCUGCUGAGGUACUCGAAGCUGCUGGACACGAGAUUGUGCCAGUGUCAACACCUGAGGGUGCUGGUACUUCCCAAUGCCUUAAUAUCUAUGUGCACUCUCUUGGUUUUGACACAAAAGCUACUCUGAUGAAGUUCCUUGAUGAUGCUGAGGAGGAGAUUCUACCCGGCAUGAAGGACUUUAGGAAUCUGAUGGCUGACAUACCCAAAAGUACUCUUGACGACGUCUGGAAGUUCUAUGCUGAUCGCGCUGAUUUCCGGACUGCGUGGCAUACGAAGUUUACAGAUGCAGACAUAGAUGUCUUGCUUUGCCCCUGUCACCAAGGAACUGGCAUGCCUCACUCUGGGUAUGGCUUGCCAAUUUACGCUAUGAUCUGGAACCUACUGGAUUGUCCCGCUAGUGUUGUCCCUUUUUUGAGGUCAAACAAGAAUGUGGACAGUGAGAAGAUUGAAGGAUUUGAUACAGAUGCUGUCGACGGUGCGCCUACACACGUGCAGGUAGUUGGCUGGAGUUUCCGCGAUGAAGAGGUUCUAAUGGCCACUGAAGUGAUUUCAGAUGCGCUGGAGAAAUUCUCUGUGACGAAUUUGUAA